AUGCGAUUCCUAGGACUCAGCGUUUUGGUUUUUGCCAUUUCAGUGAGCGGUCAAUCUACCUUCAAGAGCCAAGUGGCCGCUAUAAUUCCUAGCCCUUUGCCUGCCGAUCCGCAAUCUACUGCGGGUGGUACCAGAGCGACAACUAGUGGACAAUAUUGGGACCCGAGGGAGGCGAUAAGUUACAAGGGUACCAAGAUCCAUGUCAGCAAGGGCUGCAUUUUGAUUAAUGAUAGCAAACGCUGCGAGGAAUAUGGCGAACCCUACCACGUCGCGUCUGGACGUAUUGAUGUUAAAAUGUCCGCUACCAUCUAUGCCGGUUUCGAUGGUAAUGACAAGUCUGACUACGUGGUUCCUACUUGCAAGAUGACACCGGAAUGGUCUCACGUGCCAAAGAAUGAUGAUCUGCACUUCAUCGACAACUGUCUCAAGAACAUAAGAGAUGAGACGAUUCAGUGCUGUGACUCAAACACAGCCAAUGAGGAUAAGGUCCGCAAUCCUUAUUGA